CUUAUGUGCCCAGCGCGAUGUCUGCGAUAAUCCUCAUUCCCUCUCCUUGCCAUCAUGGCCUCCACCAGCCACGCCCAUUUAUUCCUCAUAUUCUUAUGUAUUCUCGUUUUCUGCCUGCCGGGCAGCGGGGUGUAUGCGUUCGGUGCGGGUAACAUCCCGAGCUUCGCGUACUUGGAGGGCAAGGCGUUCCGCCAUGGAGAUAUCGAGGAUGUGCUCGCCGAUAUGGCGAAGCGCGCCGCAUCGGGCGGAUUUGCGCUCGGCGCGUUGUUGGGCGCGGGCGGCGGGAAGAAGUUCAAGGCGUUGGACGUGAAGCGGGUGUACUUUGGCAACUGGUUGAGGGACUAUAGUCAGGCUGUCGAUACUGCCGGUUUGUCAAAGCUUCAACUGCAGACGAUCGUCAACCUGUGCAUGGUCCUCGGCUUCCUCGCGCACGGCUACGCCACCGGCGAGUUCGAAGUGACCAUCGAACGGCUCGGUGUCUACCUCCCCACCGAGCACAUCGACAACCCCAAGGGCUAUCCCGACAACGCGCGCAGCUUCGACUCGCGUCUCCGCGGGCCCGUCAACCCCCAGGAGCUCGAAAUUGACCGCAAGACAGGCAUGAAGAACUACAUCGCGAACGAGCACGGCGGAUGGGAUACGUCGAAGGCGCUCGUGAGGCGCGUGCUGCACCAGUGCAUUGAUAUCGGUAGACGGUACCGCCAAACCAACCAGAAGGAUGACUUGUAUGAGGCGUACAGGCUGCUGGGCCAGGCGGUGCGUAGCACCCCACAUCGCCUAGUAUGCCGUCUUGCUGAGGCGUGCGAUCACGAACAGCUGCACACUAUGGAAGACUUUGCGGCACAUUCGAACUUCUGCGAGCUUUCGCUCGUGGCUAUGGGCCACACCGACGUGUUCGUACAUGUCGGCGAUCGCGUCCGUAUUCAGGCUCCCGACGGCAAGCACGUCGCCCCUCUGGUAACUGGCACCUUUGGCUCGAGUGACUUUAUCCACAGUCUGCUAGGCGAGGCCAGCGACCACAUCAGCCAAGCCUCCGUCGUCGACCUCAACGCGCAGCUCGAGAAGGCGCGCGCGUCCUCGAACACGUCGUCCGCGAAUAACCUCCGCGAGCUCCUCACGAGCCUGCCCGACGGGAGCGGCGGUGAGCUCACACGCGAGAUGGCCGGCGUCGAGCGAAUUCGCGCGGCGGGCCAGCGGAGUCGGGACAUGGGCAGUGGCGGGGGCGGUGGUGGGUAUGGCGAGCGGGCAGCGUAUGGCGGCGGCGGUGGCGGUGGGUACGGGGGCAGCGGUGGAUAUGGCGGUGGCGGCGGUGGGUAUGGCGGACAAGGAGCCGAUAUGAAGGCCCCGGAGCAGAUGAGCCCCCAGGAGUUGCAUGCGGUGUUGUGGCAGGUGCUGAGUUUCAGGGACUCGGUGAUGAAGAAGGUCUCCGUCAUCAUCACCAAGAUACCUGGCUUGAGCUCGUUGCUCGACAAGAUCACGGACUCCGUCUCUGUCUUCGUGUUUACCACACUUGAGCCUUUCUUGAAGCCGAUCAUGAAGCAGGCGACGACUGGUCUCUCCGCAGCGUCCGGCGAAGUCAUCGAUAAGCAGGACCAGUACGAGGUCUUCGAUAACCCCAACGCGUCUGACCCCACGCACUCGUUCAUGAGUAAAGAUCACUUUAACCUGAUUCUGAACGAGCCCGCUGGACAAUUGGGCAAGAUCAUCCUGCAAUACACCGUAACGCGUGUCGUCAAGGCCUGGGACGAUGUCGGGAUCAACCCACACGACGUGACAGAAGAUGUUCUCCACAGCUUGUUCCACCCCGACUUCCACGUCCGCGGCUCUGAGAUUCAGCGCCAAAUGCUCGAUUUCAUGAAGAGAUGGGUAGACGAGCUCGGCUCUGACCGUAACGAGGUUCUCCGGAGACUCACCAAGCAGAGUGUGCGGAACCACAUGAACGUGCGCAUCGGUCAUGAGGGCCAGGGCGGUCAAUCACACGGCUUCGGAACGGCGCAACAGGCGGGGAUGCAAGCGCAAAGCGACAUUCUUGGCGCUUUUGGUCUGCGGGAUGGCGCCCCGUAUGGUGCCGGUGCUGCGCGGAGCGUGCAGAGCGGUUACUUGAGCUCAGGGGGCGGUGUGCCAGCAGUCCAAACAACUGUGGUACAGGAAACGGUGCCCGCACAUCAUCGUGAGCAUCAUGGUGGCCACGGACAUCACAGCGGCGGCCACGCACAGACGUACUACGGGGAAAGCCAGACGGUGCGCAUGCCCGGCGAAGAGAUACGCACGAGCUACGAGUCGAGCUACGCCCCGCCCUCGGGUCCGCCGCCUGCCUUCCCGGGUGCCGAGCCGAGCGGGUAUGCGCCGUCCUACAUUGGUGGCGGUGGCCCCGGAGGAUACGGAGGCGGAGGGUACGGCGAGUCUGCUCCUGGGUUCCCGAGUGCCCAGCCGCAUCAUGGAGGCCACCAUGGACAUCAUGGGCACCAUUCGGGUGGCGGAUACCCUGCGCCUGAGGGCCCUGCGGGCUUCCCGCAGCCUGGAGGAGCGCCUGGUUUCCCAGAGGCUAGGAGAGGAUACCCACCGAAUGAUGAUCCGUAUCGUCAAUGGUAAGGAGCGAUAUGAGCGCUCUGCGGCAUGUGCACAGAGGUAGUACGUGAAUUGAGUGGUGUAGCUGUAGCAGGAGUUCCAUGACCCAGAUGUAACUUAUGUAAAUCUGAUCCCUCUUGAAUGCACUAUUUUAACGACUACACUUCACGUGUAGGUACAUUGACAGGAAUAUAUGCAUACCAGGGCUUCUACAAUUGCAACGCAUGGGUAAGCAGG